AUCUGAAAAUCCUCAACUUGUUGAAACCCACGAAACCGCAAGAGGGGAGUAAACCGUGUAAUCAGCUGUAUUGAAGGACAACGCGGUUCCAGUCUGGACUAGUUCCAACUGGGCCACGGUACAUCAUACACGCGCGAAAUUCAUUUAGGAUGUAGUUGACUUGUAAAUUGGGAGGCUGUUGUCUGCGUAUCUGCUCAGGUGAAUGACGUCAGUCGGACGGUCCUGAUUGCGUUGUGCAGGUGCACGCGGUGUUAGAUCUGCAGCUCGCGCCGUUGGAAAGCUGGGAAGCGCGAGGGUUAACGAGGGAAAUCCGAGGACGUCCUGUGAGUCCGACGAAGGGAAAAAGUCCAAAUUGACUCUUCGCAGAAGCGAUCGGUAAUGUGCUGCGUAGUGUAGCUUAUGAAAAAUGGAAAAUAAUACUUUUCUUAUGCUAGGGAAAGUAAGAACCGCCUUCAUAUAAUCAUUACCCCUCUCUCGCGUUCGUCCCAUCAUUAGCCUAUCAAGCCAUAUCCCUCUCUCUCAUUCACUCACUCUCUCACUCUCAUUGGUGUUCCCAGUUCAGCCUUUUUCUAGUGUGUUUGUGUGUCGACGCUUAUCCACACACACCGCCCCACUUGAGACUCCCCGGAUCGCGAGCGUCUGGAAAGCAUCACCGGUCGCGGGAACAGAAGGAGUCAACAGCCAUCCUUACGAAUAACGGGGAAAGGGUCUGACAAAAUGAGAGCGGUGCAAUAAAGCUCAACGCGAACAGAGACAGGGAAAGGGAGUUGGAUAUCUGAGGAUAUAUAAUGCGUGUUCGUCACGGACGCUGCUGUAGGGGAACCGGAGCAGCGGCGGAUGGGGUGACACACGCUGCGUGGAGGUCCCGACGCCGGGCCCCCGGGUUGUGUGCGUCCUGGGCCGGUCUCCGGUGCUAACGAGGACGACUAGGAGAGGGGCGGACAGAGGAUGCAAGGGGUGACGGUGACCGGAGAAGCACCCACGCUGAGUGGAGGCGGGAGGGAGGAGCAGCGUCCUCUGAAGCAGUCGCUCAGUGGCUCCCUCUGCAGGGAGUCUCACUGGAAGUGCCUGCUCCUGACACUGCUGAUGAUUGGCUGCUUCUGCACGCUGGCCUGGUGCUCGCUGUGCCGCGUGACCGUCAUGGCGGCGGACGACCACGGGCCGUCCUUCCAGUACGGCGACCGCGCGCGGCUGUACCACGCCAGUCCCUGCUCCAACGGCUACGUGUACAUCCCGCUGGCCUUCCUGGCCAUGCUGUACCUGGUGUACCUGGUGGAGUGCUGGCACUGCGACUCGCGCACCGCCGGCCUGGCGCGCGUGGAGACCGCCGCCGUGUACCAGCGCGUGCAGCGGCUGCAGCAGGCCACGCCCUGCGUCUGGUGGAAGGCCAUCAGCUACCACUACGUGCGCCGCACCCGCCAGGUUACCCGCUACCGCAACGGCGACGCCUACACCACCACGCAGGUGUAUCAUGAGCGGGUGAACACCCACACCGCGGGCUCCGAGUUCGACUACGGGCUCCACGGGGUGCGGGACGUGUCCAAGGAGCUCCUGGGCCUGCUGGAGCACCCGGCGACGCGGCUGCGCUUCACCAAGUGCUUCAGCUUCGCGUCUGCGCGGGCGGAGACGGCCUACCUGACGCAGCGCGCGCGCUUCUUCACCCGCAACGAGGGGCUGGACGACUACAUGGAGGCGCGCGAGGGCAUGCACCUGAAGAACGUGGACUUCCGCGAGCACAUGCUGGCGCUGGCCGACCCGGCGCGGCCGCCCUGGUUCUCGCGGCGGCGCGUGUUCUGGCUGGCGUCGGCGCUGCUGCUGUCCUGGCCGCUGCGCGUGCUGGCGGAGUACCGCACCGCCUACCUGCACUACCACGUGGAGAAGCUGUUCGGCGGGAGCGACGACGACGACGACCCCGAGCGGGGGGGGGGCGGGGGCGGGGGUAACGACGAGAACGAGAACGGCGCAGGCGGGGAGGCGGGCGGGCCCAGGUUCGGCGCCAUCCCGCGGGUGAACACGGUGGACCUGACCGAGCUGGAGUGGCAUAUCCGCUGUAACCAGCAGCUGGUGCCCAGCUACUCGGAGGCGCUGCUGAUGGGCAUGGACGCGGGCGGCCCCCUGAGCACCAGCGCCGCCGUCGCCAUGACGACGGCCUACAACUCCAGCUACUUCCUGCAGAGCUGCCCCCGCUGCCGCCGGUCCUCCAGCAGCACCUCCCUGCCGCCGCGGGUGCGCGGGAACGUGGCCCUGGGGGCGGGGGGGCUCCCCGGCGGGACGGUAGGUGGGACGCUGGGCGGGGCCGGGGUGGGGGCGGGGCGUCUGACGCUCAGCCGCAGCGGGUUCUCCCUGGGACGCCUUCGCGCCGCCCGCCGGGCCCGCCUCUUCCACUCCUGGAGCGUGGGCGGGGCCAUCGGGGGGCGGGGCAACGACGGGGGCGGGGCCGGGGGAGGGGGGAUUCUGGGACUGGGGUUCCGACAGGACGAGGAGAGCAGGGGCGUGCUGGAGGCAGAGAGGGAUGAAGAGGAGGAAGAGGAGGAGGAGGCUGGAGUGCAGGAGCAGGUGGACGAGGAGGAGAGAGGGAUGGAGGAGAUCCUGGAGGUGGGGGGAGAGGGGGAUGAGAGACGGGACAGGCCCCCGGCCUAUCGCGAAGCCCUCCUCUUCCCGGUCCUCAUCGUGCAUGGCGACGAAAGUUGCCAUGGAGAUGGAGAGCCUGCUGGGGAAGGUGGGAUCGGUGCGGGGAGAGAGGGAUGAGGAAGGAGAGACGAUGGAGAGAUCAGAGGACAGGAAGGGCAGAGGGAACUGGAGAAGAACGAGAGAAGGCGGAGACAGUUUGUUCUCUCUCUCUGUCCUUCCCUCCUCCACCCAUCUUCAGAUGAGGAGAACACAAAAAUGGCUCCUGGUGGAAGAGAAGGUGGUUUGAGGAGAGGACUGAGAAUCUGCUGAGGAACGUUUAUAAAACACUCAGAGAACCCCGUAUGUCUGUCCCUUCUGGGUCUGAGAGUAACAUCAGCUGCCUUGAGUACUGAGACACUAUAUAAGCGCCUGAGAAGAUAAACAAUCACUUGAUUUAACAAUAGCCUCUCCCUCUGAACAAUUCUUUGAGUCACGAUUCUGAGUCAGUGCUCAGAAUCUCGGCCUCUAAAUGAAUCAUGACUCAGAGUCACACAGCUCUGAAUCACAAGAUAAAACGGAUUGUGAUUUUAAAAAUCGGGAUGUGAUCUACCAGCAAUCUACAAAUGCAAUACAUGCUGGACUUUAUUUACUCAGAACACACACUGCACACCCAACGCUUAAUGACAAUACAGAGCUAAAGCACAUGGCCUUUACAGUCAGUGGGUUGUUCUGUGUCUCCACAGCCAUAUAGUUUUAAAUAUUAAUACAGUUUUAAUGUACUGAAGAUAAGAUGGUGGACAUUACAGCAACAUGGAUGUAGCUUCUCUAUACCCUUGAGUCAUUCCGUUCUGUAGUAAGUCAAUCAGUCAGACUGAAUUGGUCAGUUAAAGAGAGUCAGUGAGCGAGUGAAUCAGUCCAACCGAAUUGGUCAGUUAUAGAGAGUCAGUGAGUGAGUGAAUUGGUCAGUUGAAGAGAGUCAGUGAGUGAGUGAAUCAGUCAUUUGAAGAGACUGAGUGAGUGAAUUGGUCAGUUGAAGAGAGUCAGUGAGUGAGUGAAUCGGUCAGUUGAAGAGAGUGAGUGAGUGAAUCGGUCAGUUAGAGUGAGUUGGUGAGUUAGUAAGUCAGUUGACAAUCCCAGAGAAAAAAAGUUCUGUAAUUUUCAACAAAAAAAACUAAAAUGAUAAAUGCCCAUUAGUGUGAUGCACUGAGGUGUUGGUUAUGUUGUGUAAGAAGUUUAUAUUUUCAUGCUUGAUGUCCCCAAAACAAAAAUGUUUUCAGUGAGUCUGAGUGUGAAUACUUCCCUCCUCCCCCUCCCCUACAGUCAAUUAAAACUCCUCCCACAGUUGAUUAAAUUAAAACUCCAUCCCCACAGUCUACCCCCCCAAGCUAUUAAAACUCCCCCUGCAGUCUACUAAAACUCCACUCACAGUCUACUAAAACUCCACCUCCACAGUCUAUUAAAACUCCACCCCCACAGUCUACCCCCCCCAAGCUAUUAAAACUCCCCCCGCAGUCUACUAAAACUCCACUAACAGUCUACUAAAACUCCACCCCCACAGUCUACCCCCCCAAGCUAUUAAAACUCCCCCUGCAGUCUACUAAAACUCCACCUCCCCAGUCUAUUAAAAUUCCACCGCCACAGUCUAGUAAAACUCCACUCACAGUCAAGUCCUCAAAUGUAUUUAACCAAAUAAUUAGUUGAAAGUGCAUUAAAGUCCAAAAAAUCUGAUUUAAUACCGUCCUCUUUUCUCUGUGCCCAUGCCCAUGCAUGUCUGUUAACAUUUUGUUGAGCGCAGCUCUAACUUAUUUUGACGUUUACGCUCAUAUUGGCAUUUGCACGUACAUUAACAUUAGUGUUAACAUUUACACUAACAUUAACACACUUAUGUUAACAAUUACACUUACAUUAACAUUCAUACACAUUUAUAUUAAUGCUUACAUUUACAUUUAUACUUACAACUACAUUCACAUUCAAAUUUACAUUAAUAUCAACAUUUACACUUACAACAUUCACACUUCCAAAUAACUGUUCAGAAAUUCAUUUUUUUUAAAGAUAUGUCUCCAUGUUAGAGGUGAUGCAGUAUCAAGCACACAUUAAAAUGCACAAGACGGCCGUAUGCCGAUGGCAUUAAGGCUCAAGGCCGUGUGCAUCAGCCGCCAUUCCGGCUACGCCUGCCGCCAUUUUGGAUCACCGACACACUCAAAUACAUACAUGUGCACACACAUGCCCAAACAGGCAUGAAUCUGAACACACACAUACUCAGGCAAAGCUAAAACCCAAUCGCACACCAGUCGCAUUCUCACAUAAAUGCGCUUAUACACACACACAAAUUCUCGAGCUGCACACAGACUCGGACACACACGUCAGAAAGUCAGCGCACACACACACACACGAUGUCCUCACAUGGAUCAGCACAAACACAUGUAAUGCAAGGCCACAUAAUUAAAGUCCUGGCACAGUACAGCACAACAGCGAGUGAAUUAUCAGACUAUCAGUGUGUGAGGAGUGUGUUUGGAGAAGUUCAUUAAAGCUUAGCAGUGCACUCAAAAAAAAAAAAAAAAAACCCCACAGAUAUGGAAACAAAUACUUCUAUAUUCCUACUAUUAAUACUACUAGUACUCCUACUACUGCUACUACUACUACUUCAGAUGUGUAUGAUGAUGAUGAUGAUGACGACGAUCAAAAUAAAGAGAAACUGCUUGAUAUAA